AGACCCAUUACCACAGGUGUAUAAAAUCAAGCACCUACAGUCUGCAUUUACAAACUUUUGUGAAAAGAAAAAAAAAUUCUGAAGAGUUUUACAGAUUAUCUAUAAAGACACUGAGUGGGUUUUGCCGAGUGCUGAGGCGCAUGGUGCAUAAAGGUCAGCAAUGCUCUUCUGAUUCCAUAGCUGAAGAGUUAAAAAACCCACUGGCAUUACUAUCAGCACAAAAACUGUGCAGCGGGAGCUUCUUCAUGGAAUGGGUCUCUAUGGACAAACAGCUGGAUGCAAGCUUCACAUCACCAAGUACAAUGGCAAGCAUCAGCUGGAGUUGUAAAGCACACCACCACUGGACUCUGCAGCAGUGGAAACAUGUUCUGUGACAAUCACACUUCUCUGUUUGGUGGAUGCCAGGAGAAUGUCACCUGCCUGACUGCAUUGUGCCAGCUGUAAAGUUUGAUGGAGGAAGGACAGUGGUAUGGGCUUGUUUUGUUUUUUUUAUCUUAAUGCCUCACUCGACAUUUUGGAGAAUGCCAUGCUUCCAAAUUUGUGGGAAUAGCUGGGGGAAGACCCUUUUCUAUUACAGUAUGAUUGUGCCCCAGUUCGCAAAAUAAGGCCCAUUAAGUCAUGGUUGGAAGAGCUCACCCCUAACCUCAACCCCAUCGAAUAUAUUUGGGAUGAACUGGAACAGAGAUUGCAAGACGGCCUUCUCAUCCAACAUCAAUGUGUGACCUCACGAAUGAUCUACUGGAUGAAUGGGCAAAACUGACCACAGAAAUACUCCAAAAUCUUAAAUAAAGUUAAGCGAAUCCCCAUUCGCUGUAGGCGAGAUGUAUGAGGAUCACAAUCACCCUGUGGCUCCCCCAGACCCUGGAUAUUCUCCCUGAGCCCUCCUAGCCAUUCAUCGCACCUGCCAUGGACCCCAGGCGAAUAUCAUGCUCGCCACACACUCUAACCUGCGACCACAGCCACCAUGGACCCUCAGCCUAGACCUGCUGCCACCCAGGAGCCAGAGCUUAUUGACCUACUGGAUUUAAGUCCCAUACCUAAAGUACGUCCUCCUCUGCUGGUCCCAUCCAGCACUAGUGACUCACCGGUUCUGUCCAGUUUUUUGUUUUUUUUGACCCUUCCUCUUCUCUGCCCUGCAUCAUAGCCUUGAUGGUUGUCAAGGGCCACUGGUCAUCCUUCUUUGACUCUGCCAUGGUCCUCUUGCUCCUCCGGUUCUUCUUAGCCCACUGGCUCCAACAGUACAAUCACAGUCUCCUGAUCUACCAUGGUUUUUGGGGUUGUAGAAUGGAAUCCGAAAAGACCCAACCCUCAGGCCCAGGCAUCUCUGCCUCGGCUUCCAAUUCUCUGGCUCUUUCAUGGUCAGCAACUCCUCAGUCUCCACUGUGGAUUUCCAUUCCUCCGGCUCUUCCAGGCUUUUGUGAUGUUCAGAAGGCCUGCUCAGGCUCUGUCGCUUCCGUCUUCUCAUCUCUGGCUUUAUGCCCCACUGAACUGGUUAAAUGUCGGCUGCAGGCCAUGCAUGAAAUGGAGGCAUCCGGCAAGAUCGCCAGUGGACAGAAAAGCACGGUGUGGUCUGUUGUGAAAAAUGUGUUACGGACAAACGGACCUCUGGGUUUCUAUCAGGGUCUCACCACCACUAUAGUCCGUGAGAUACCUGGAUACUUCUGUUUCUUUGGAGGAUAUGAACUCAGCCGCUCAAUGUUUGCCCAACACAUGGGCAGAGACAAAGAACACAUAGGUGUUGUGCCCUUGAUGUUCAGUGGUGGUUUUGGCGGUGCCUGUCUGUGGUUGGUUGUGUACCCCAUAGACUGUGUGAAGUCUCGUAUCCAGGUUCUGUCUUUAGCAGGGAAACAGGAAGGCUUCCUCAAGACUCUUAAGGGGAUUUUACGAAAUGAGGGAGUGGCACCACUGUAUUCCGGUUUGACCCCAACUAUGAUCCGAACAUUUCCUGCCAAUGGAGCUCUCUUUUUAGCCUAUGAAGUCAGUCGCAAGAUAAUGAUGCAACAGUUUGAACACUGAGUCCAGUCUGUAUAAUGCCAUCUAGUGCAUUUGGUUGCUUUUAAAACAUGCCUUUGGAAGUUUUUUGUUCCUUUUAUGUUGGAGAGAGACAAUGGAACUCUCAACAAUGUGACUCUCGAGACCCAAAGCUCUCCAUAGCUGCCUUAAUGCGGUCUUGGUAUACACAUAUCUGAACAACUUUAAAGUCUGAAAAGGCCUAUGUUUGACAAAUGUG